AUGCAAAAGGCGGGCAAUCAGCUUUGGCAGGAGCACCGGAACCUGCAAGAGCACUGCCGAGACUUGACCACCAGACUCGCCCUAGCUCAGAGGGUGGAGACUGGCAAUGUCGAGGCAGUCAAAGCUCAGCUUGACGCCCUGAAGCAUGAGCAGGCCGCGCACCUUGAAUCGGUGCGAAUCGAAUACGAGGGGAAGUUGAAGGAGGAAAGAAAGGCAGAUGAGGCCGAAAUGAAGGCACUGCAAGGCCAAGCAGAGGAUUGGGUAAGUAGCCAACUGAAAAUUGCCUCAAAGAAAGCUGAGUGCAAUCUCGUCCAAGUCUGCGCCGACCUUCGAGCCACAUUUGCGCAGGAGAAGCAGUCCCUGCAGAGGGAGAAUGACUCGCUCCGUGAUCGGGCGGCCAAAAUGGAGAGUGAUAUCGAUAAGUAA